CGCCCAAACCCAAAUUCCCCAUUUUCGUAGCUCUCGAUUUUACCAGUCGCUUUCUCCUCUCUCGUCUCGUUAGUCGUUAUUACCAGGCAACGCAAACACUACCCCCAUUUCUCAUUCACCAUGUCUUGCCUUCUCCGAUCUUCAAAGGCUAAGCUCCUCUCUUCCUCUUCCUCUCUUUCUAGAGCCUUCUCCUCCAUUCAUCGCACCUCUCCGCCUCAGAUCGGAGCACUCUCUCCCCUCUAUCAUAUCUUCCACCACAACACCACCACUUUCCCUUCCGCGAAGGAAAAUUCCUCCGGUGAAAAAUUGACCGGUCUUUCCAAAGAUCCAGUGAAUAAGCUUGGCACUGCCAGUGAUUCUAAUGCGAUCAGUGAUUUGAGGUACAAGGCUCCUGCACUGGACACCAAUAUGCUGGCUAAAGCUAUACUUGGCACUAGAGUGUGGGGUGCACAGGGUACAAUGCCAUUGGGAGUCAAUGCCAUGAUGUCUAGAAGUUUUCAGAGGUGUGUGGAAGCUGACACUUUGGGAAUGAUAGGACAUCAACGUUUUAUGAGUAGCAUCCCAAGUAAAACCAGUGAGACACAGUCAUCUGGUUUUCGUCCAUUAUCUCCUCAUCUUCCUCUUUAUCAGCCCCAGCUUUCAUCAACUCUUUCAAUUUUCAAUAGAAUUGCUGGAGCUUUCCUGGCUGCCGUCAUUUUACUUUUUUAUAUGAUAUAUAUGAAAAUGGGUUUGAUUAGCCUCACCUAUGAUUCUUUCUACCAGUUCAUAUUUUAUUCAUCAAAACUCAACCUACUUGCCAUUGAGAUUUCUGCCUUAGCCGUGUCCUAUCAUCUGUAUAGUGCAAUUCGUCAUUUGUUCUUAUGAUUUGAGUCAACGACUGGUACCUGAACAGUACAAUGGAACCUGAGGUGGAACUUGCUUAAUUCGACCUUGGAGGCAUACAUCCCUAUGUCUGUCAUAAGGAACUUCAUUAAGCGAUGUGAAUUUGCAUUUUUGUAGUUAUGUAUGAUCGAUUAAAUAAUUACAAUUCAGGCACAAGUUCGUGUUUGGUGCUGAGUAUAACUACAUCUAUUUUGCCUGUUGCAUUUCUGUGAUGUAUUUUGCAGCCCCCUCAAAUUGCAUAUAACUAACUGUUGCAUUUAAUAAAUGCAUUUGAGUUUUGGUGACU